UUCUUUGCUUUUUGGUUAACAAUGGCAUUAACACUCUCAGCAAUAGCAUCAUCGAAUUUAUUCCGUCGGACAUUGCCCAUAGUAGGCGCUUUCUGUGUUCUUACUUUUGGUCUCUCUAAUCUCUCUGUCCCGUUUACUAAUACUGGUUUUGCUCAUUCACUUCCCUUUGCCCCUCUUUUCCGGUCUAAAUUAAGUGGAGAAAGACGGAGUACAAGUGUUAGUAGAAUAAGAAUGGAAGCUAGCAACAAGAUUGUUCCAAGCAUUGUUGUUUAUGUCACUGUUCCUAACAAAGAAUUGGGUAAGAAACUGGCAGGGAGCAUAGUCAAGGAGAAACUUGCAGCAUGUGUUAAUCGAGUACCAGGUGUAGAAUCGGUUUACGAGUGGCAAGGAGAGGUACAGACCGAUUCUGAAGAGCUGCUUAUAAUCAAGACCAGGGAAUCCCUUUUAGAAGCUCUUACGGAGCACGUGAAGGCCAACCAUGAAUAUGAUGUUCCUGAAGUGAUUGCCAUGCCCAUAGUUGGUGGCAGUCCACAGUACCUAGAAUGGCUCAAGAACAGCACAAGGGAUGAAUGAUUUAGCCAAGACAAGCUUGCUCAACCUUGAGCCUGUAACUCAAGAGUCAAAAGACAAAUGUAUGUGUUAUUUGGUAUUUUCUAAGUACUUGUUACUUAAACUGUGUAGUUAGUCUUGACUCUUGAUGUGUGAGGUCUUAUAUCUAUCUCUAAAUAGUAUCCUUCUUAACUUACAUUCACGGGUGAUUUUGGGCAUUGCCUUUUGUAUAUAUGGUGACUAAAAUUCACCAACUCAGCUCUUCUAGCAGUUGCAUAUUUUCUAAUCAUCGGAAUGCAUCAUCACUCACAGAA